GACUCCGUCUCCUCGGGAAAGGCGUGCGGAGGCUCGCUCUCGGAUUUGGGAAUCACCCCCAAAUUAGACCCUUCGGGUGGAUGCAACGUCAACAGAGAGGAAGGAGAAGGUGGCCCUGGAGUGUCCCGAGGAGCCCCGCAGGGAUGGUGUGAGAUGGCAGAUGAAGGAAUGAUGGGAUCUCUCCGUGGAAGGAGGCUGGAAUGGGUGGAAAUCAUCGAGCCUCGGACCCGGGAGCGCAUGUACGCCAACCUCAUCACGGGGGAGUGCGUGUGGGACCCCCCCGCUGGGGUGCGGAUCAAACGCACCAAUGAGAACCAGUGGUGGGAGCUCUUCGACCCCAACACCUCCCGCUUCUACUACUACAAUGCCACCACGCAGAGGACGGUGUGGCACCGUCCCCAGAACUGCGACAUCAUCCCCCUGGCCAAGCUGCAGACCCUGAAGCAGAACACGGAGUCGCCGCGGGCUUCCACGGAAAACAGCCCCGGGAGGAGCAGCAAUGUCAGCAGGGAAGGAAGCACCAGCUCGUCCCUGGAGCAGGAGCUGGAGGGCAACGAGAAGGUGCAGGAGCAGCGGUCGAGCCGUCAGUCCAGCCAGUAUUCCGUGGUGAAGGAGGAAACGGAAAGUUCAUCGCCUUCCGGAGUGUUUGAGAAGGAAUACGACAUUUAUCGGGAUUACAGCACGGAAGGACAACUCCUCCACUACAGGACCUCAUCCCUCCGAUGGAACGCCGGCACCAAGGAGCGGAUGCUGAUCAAGGUGACGGAUCGGGAGCCCAGCUUCCUCCUCCACCAAGGCAACGGCUACGCCCCCGAAAACCAACCGGGCUCCCGCUCCCGCCGACCCUCGGGCGGCCAACAGUCGCCCAACCUCCAAACCUUCUCCUCCGACGCCGACAACUCCGUGUUUUUCCCGGAGAGGAAGCAGUCGCCCUUCCUGAAGAGGGCUGAGCACGUGGGCAGCUGCUCACCGCUGCUGGGCCGGGGCGAUUCCUUCUGCUCGCCGCUCCAAGCGCAGCACCGCAAACAUUCCAGCGAAUCCCAGCCCUCGUCGCCCCGCUACGCCUACGAGCCCCCGCUCUACGAGGAGCCCCCCAUGGAAUACCAGGCUCCCAUCUAUGACGAGCCCCCCGUGGACAUGCAGUACGAAGCCAGCGGGAGCUACAAAGCCGGAUCUCCGCAGAAAUCGCCCAUCCGAAAGCCUCACCCUUUCCUUCAGUCACCCAAGCAAGGCUCCAACUCGCCGUACCAGCAGUUGGUGCUCACCAAGCAGAAGUGUCCCGACCGCUUCAUGAGCCUGGAAUACAGCCCCGCCGGCAAGGAAUACGUCAGGCAAUUGGUCUACGUGGAGCAGUCGGGUUCCAGCCCUAAAAUGAAGACGGGCUUGAGGCACAAAUAUUCCCCCAAUCCCAUCGGUGGCUCCUACUCGCUGCAGCACAGCCCCUGCCUGGUGCGGGAUCAACGCCUGGAGAUCAAAUCGGGCGACUACAGCAGCAUGGAGGGACCCGACUUCUGUCCCGGCCCGACGGGGGCCCAGGUGGCCCAGGGCGAGGACUCCAUGUCGUGGUCCAGCCAGCAGGACACCUUGUCCUCCACCGGUUACUCACCCUCCACCAGGAAGAGGAAAAGCCGGAAGCCUUCGGUGACCCACGACCCCAACGCCUCCUCCACGGACGGCUCUGGGGACCGGGAGGUGUUGGGCGAGCUGGGUGAGGAACGAGCCACGCCAGGACCCAACAGGUCCCCAAUGAACCGGACGGAGAGCAAGGCGGUGGAGGCGGAGGCGGCGCGGGGCUUCCCGGAGCCUUUCCUGGCGCAGGCGCGCCUGGCUUGGGAAGCACAGCAGGCCCACUACCACAUGAAGCAACGGAGCAGUUGGGAUUCCCAAAAGGACGGUUCGGGCUACGAGAGCGACGGUGCCCUCCCGCUGCCCAUGCCAGGCCCGGUGGUGCGAGCCUUCAGCGAGGACGAGGCGUUGGCGCAGCAGGAGAACAAGCACUGGAAGAGGAACACCUUCGAGAAGCUGGGCUUCCCCCAGAUCCUGCUGGAGAAGAGCGUCUCCGUCCAGACCAACCUGGCCUCCCCCGAGCCCUACCUGCAUCCAUCUCAGUCCGAGGACCUCGGUGCCUGCGCCCAGUUCGAGAGCAGCCGGCAGACCCGGAACAUGAUGCCGAGCGCCAGCUGCGUCUUCCCCACCUUCAACCUGCGCAAGCCCUCCUCGGAGACGGACAUUGAGAACUGGGCCUCCAAGCACUUCAACAAGCACACCCAAGGGCUCUUCCGACGGAAGGUCUCCAUCGCCAACAUGCUGGCCUGGAGCAGCGAAUCCAUCAAGAAACCCAUGAUCAUGACCAACGACCGCAACGUCAAGAAGGAGGCGUGCGAGAUCUUCAAACUCAUCCAGAUGUACAUGGGCGACCGGCGGGCCAAGACGGACCAGCUCAACGUGGCCUUGGAGAUCGCCACCAAAGGUUGGAGCAUGCAGGGGCUGCGAGAUGAGCUCUACAUCCAGCUGUGCCGGCAGACCACCGAGAACUUCCGUUACGAGAGCCUGGCCCGCGGCUGGGAGCUCAUGGCCAUUUGUUUGGCCUUUUUCCCACCCACCCCCAAAUUCCAUUCCUACCUAGAAGGAUACAUUUACCGGCACAUGGAUCCGGUGAAUGACACGAAAGUGUCGCGGCACCUCCGCCACCUCCUGGAAAGGACCAAUAAGAAGAAACCCAAAUUGCGAAAGAAACCCAAGCCCCAAAUCGAGGAGCACCAGGGGGUGGCCAUCAGCACUUACGCCAAGUACUGCUACAACAAACUCCAGAAGGCGGCUCUGACCGGAGCCAAGAAGGGCCUGAAGAAGCCGAACAUCGAGGAGAUCCGCCACGCCAAGAACGCCGUCUUCAACCCGUCCAUGUUUGGCAGCUCCCUGCAGGACAUCAUCACCAUGCAGAAGGAGCGGUACCCGGACCGGCAGCUGCCCUGGGUGCAGACCCGGCUCUCCGAGGAGGUCCUGGCGCUCAACGGGGACCAGACCGAGGGCAUCUUCAGAGUCCCCGGUGACAUCGACGAGGUCAAUGCCCUCAAGCUGCAGGUGGACCAAUGGAAGAUCCCCACCGGCUUGGAGGACCCUCACGUUCCCGCAUCCCUGCUGAAGCUCUGGUACCGGGAGCUGGAGGAGCCACUGAUCCCGCACGACUUCUACGAGCAGUGCAUCACCCACUACGAGAACCCCGAGGCCGCCAUCGCCGUCGUCCACUCCCUGCCCAGGAUCAACAAAAUGGUGCUGUGCUACCUCAUCCGCUUCCUCCAGGUCUUCGUGCAGCCGGCCAACGUGGCCGUCACCAAGAUGGACGUCAAUAACCUGGCCAUGGUGAUGGCCCCCAACUGCCUGCGCUGCCAAUCGGAUGACCCGCGGAUCAUCUUCGAGAACACCCGCAAGGAGAUGUCCUUCAUCCGGGUGCUCAUCCAGCACCUGGACACCAGCUUCAUGGAAGGCGUCCUAUAGCGGCCGCCACCGCGUUGUCCCCACCCCGUCACCAGCCCCACCGUCCCCUCCGAGGAGCUCCGGCCGGACCUUCCCGCCCGGCCGCGGGGAUGCAGAGAAGUCCCCCGUGGUCCAUCCCGACCUUCUGGCCGUGGCAUUGCCCAGCUCUUCGCUGGUGGAGUCACGAGGAGCAUCUCAGCUCCGUGGGGACGUUCCCGAGGAAUCUGAGAGGUCUCCUGGUGUCUCCAUGGGGUUGAGAGAAUGUGACGCGAGCAGAGCCAUCUUCAGGGUGGUGGGAGAAGCUCACCUGGAGAACGUGGGACACCGGGGACCACCACGGUGACAAUUGUCCCCCACAGGGAAGAGACUCAGGGGGUCCCCAUGGGAGUGGCCGUGUCCUGGGGGGGCCGUUGUGGCCGAUUGUCCAUCCUGGGGUGCUGGAGGAGCUGGGUGGGCAGGAUGUCCCCUCAUGUCACCGUGUCCAUCCUGUCCCACGCGCGUUGGCACCACCAGGACCUGGCCCAGCACCCCCCGGGCCCUGCUGGACCCAUGCCAGGGCCUCCCAUCUGCUUCUGGUUCUUCUGGACCCAUCUUGGAGCCCAUCAUCAACUCCUGGGCCCAUCUUGGGUUCCACUAUCUCCUCCUGGUUCUCCUGAACCCAUCUUAGAACCCAUCAUCAACUCCUGGACCCAUCUUGGAACCCACCCUCAACUCCUGGACCUGUCUUGAGGUCCAGCAUCUCCUCCUGAUCCUACAGGACCCAUCUUGGAAACCAUCAUCAACUCCUGGACCUGUCUUGAGGUCCAGCAUCUCCUCCUCAUCCCACAGGACCCAUCUUGGAUUCCAGCAUCUCCUCCUGAACCCAUCUGGGUGUCCACUAUCUCCUCCUGGUCCUCCUGAACCCAUCUUGGGGUCCAUUAUCACCUCCUGAACCCACCUCAGGAUCCAUCAUCUCCUCCUGGUCCUCCCAGAUCCAUCUUGGUG